CAGAAAACAACACAGACCUCCGUCAAAAUGAUGAAGCUGGUGGUGUUGUCUUGCCUGUUGGCCGCGGUGUCUGCUGGACUCAUCGCUCCGAUCGCUCCCAUCGCUUACACCACGUCUUACCUGGCGCCUUACAACUAUAGAGGCCCAUUCUCCCUGGCUCCUGGCCAGCCCGCUAACAUCUUGGCUGCUGACGGCAGGCCUUUGGAUACCCUGGAAGUGAACUUGGACCGCUCUGCUCACCUGACUGCCAAGGCCCUCGAAGGAGUCCACAUUCUGAAGAAGCGUUCUGCUCCCAUCAUCGCCGCUGCCCCCAUCGCUUACACCACGUCUUACCUGGCGCCUUACAACUAUAGAGGCCCACUCUCCCUGGCUCCUGGCCAGCCCGCUAAUAUCUUAGCGGCUGACGGCAGGCCUUUGGAUACUCUAGAAGUGAACUUGGACCGCUCUGCUCACCUGACUGCCAAGGCCCUCGAAGGAUUCCACAUUCUGAAGAAGCGUUCUGCUCCCAUCAUUGCCGCUGCUCCCAUUGCUUACACCACGUCUUACCUGGCGCCUUACAACUAUAGAGGCCCACUGUCCCUGGCUCCUGGCCAGCCCGCUAACAUCUUGGCAGCUGACGGCAGGCCUUUGGAUACCCUGGAAGUGAACUUGGACCGCUCUGCUCACCUGACUGCGAAGGCCCUCGAAGGAGUCCACAUUCUGAAAAAGCGUUCUGCUCCCAUCAUCGCCGCUGCUCCCAUCGCUUACACGCAGACCCUAGCUGCUCCCGCUCAUGUCGCCUACUCCACCCCCAUCGCCACUCCCCUGGCAGCCUCCUAUGGCUACAUAAACUCAUACAGCUCACCCCUUGUUCACUUAUAAACUGAAGCUACUACAGAAACCUGAUGUAAAUACGAACUACAAUUAAAUUCCAAUUUAUUAAAAUGA